CUCUUGGUCCCUCUUUGCCUUAGCUUCCAAACAGUCUUAUUACCACCAUAGCCGCACCCACCUUUUCCUUCUCAGAUUCUUUCAUUCUAAUCUUCAUUUUAUGUUUACAAAAUUGCCAUAAUAAUAAAGUAAAAGACGCAGUAUUCUCGUACUGUGUUGGGCUUCUCCGUUCCUUGACAAAACCCCACCAAAGUUUGUUGCUUACUGAUUUGAAUUAUCCAUGAGAAACCCUUUCUGUUGGCAGAGUAGAAGAGAAAUUUCAAAACUUGUGUAAUGGGUUUACCUUUUUCACAUGAAGAGAGCAGUUAUCUCCUCUUAUUUCAACUGUUUUCGUUAUUAUGAUCGUAAUCCAUUUAUGGGUUUUUGUCCAAAAUGUCUGAGUGUGAAAUUUUGCUCUUCUUUGGGUUCAAGCAAUGCCAGACCUUUUCCUGAUUACUCCCCAAGAAAGCCUUCAGUUAAAGACUCUGACUUUGUGCACCACAUUUCCACCACCGUUAAGCAGCGCCGCUCCGAGCCUCUUCGCCGGAUUCUCAAGCCCUUCGAGGCAAAGUUCAAGCCUGACCAUUUGAUUUGGGUUCUUAUGAACAUCAAGGAUGAUUAUAAACUGGUGUUGGAUUUCUUCAACUGGACGCGCCUGCGGAGGGACCCUUCUUUGGAAGCCCUUUGCAUUGUUGUUCAGAUUGCUGUGGCUUCUAAGGACUUGAGAACGGCUCAUAGGCUGGUUUUUGAGUUCUGGGAAAAGCCUCAUUUGGAUGUUGGUAACUCGUUUGCUCAAUUUACUGAGAGGUUGAUUUAUACUUACAAGGACUGGGGUGCACAUCCAUUUGUGUUUGAUGUGUUCUUCCAAGUUCUUGUUGAAGGAGGGUGGCUUCUAGAGGCUCGGAAACUGUUUGAUAAAUUGGUAAAUUACGGCGUUCUUGUUUCUGUAGAUUCUUGUAAUUUGUUUCUAGCUAGGCUAUCUAACAGUUUUGAUGGGAAAAAGAUGGCAAUUAAGGUGUUCAGAGAGUAUCCAGAAGUGGGUGUUUGUUGGAACACCAUGUCGUAUAAUAUUAUUCUCCAUUCACUUUGUCAAUUGGGUUGGUUAAAAGAAGCGCAUAAUCUGCUCUUACAAAUGGAGUUUAGGGGGAGCUUUCCUGAUGUUAUAAGUUAUAGUGUUAUAAUUAAUGGAUACUGUCAGGUUGAACAGAUAGGAAAGGUCUUGAAGCUCUUGGAAGAGUUGCAGGGAAAGGGGUGUAAGCCAAAUCAAUACACAUACAAUAGCGUAAUUUCCCUUCUUUGUAAGACUGGUAGAGUAGUUGAAGCGGAGCAAGUCUUGAGGGAGAUGAUAAACCAGAGGAUUUUUCCUGAUAAGGUUGUGUAUACAACUCUCAUCAGUGGGUUCGGCAAGUCUGGGAAUGUUUCAGCUGAAUACAAACUGUUUGAUGAAAUGAGGCAUAAGAAAAUAGUUCCUGAUUUCGUGACUUAUACUUCCAUGAUUAACGGGCUCUGUCAAGCUGGAAAGGUUGUGGAAGCACGCCAACUGUUUAGUGAAAUGUUUAGAAAAGGGUUGGAACCAGAUGAAGUUACUUAUACUGCUCUUAUAGAUGGGUAUUGCAAGGCCGGGGAAAUGAGUGAUGCAUUCUCUCUUCACAACCAGAUGGUUGAGAAGGGUUUGAUUCCUAAUGUUGUCACUUAUACAGCAUUGGUUGAUGGCCUGUGUAAACGUGGUGAGGUAGAUAUAGCAAAUGAACUUCUUCUUGAAAUGUCUGAGAAGGGCCUUCAACCAAAUGUCUGCACAUAUAAUGCACUUAUCAAUGGUCUUUGUAAGGUAGGAAAUAUAGAGCAAGCCAUAAAAAUUAUGGAAGAAAUGGAUCUGGCAGGGUUUUAUCCUGACACUAUUACAUAUACUACACUCAUGGACGCUUAUUGUAAGAUGGGUGAAAUGGCCAAGGCUCAUGAGAUGCUGUGGGUUAUGCUUGAUAAAAGACUUCAGCCUACAAUUGUUACAUUCAAUGUGCUAAUGAAUGGGUUUUGCAUGUCAGGGAUGUUGGAAGAUGGUGAAAGACUAAUUAAAUGGAUGUUUGAAAAAGGUAUAAGGCCGAAUGCCACAACAAUCAAUUUUCUCUUGAAGCAGUACUGUAUUAGAAAUAACAUGCGUGCUACAACAGAGAUUUAUAAGAGGAUGUAUGCUCAAGGAGUGAUGCCUGACAAUAAUACAUAUAAUAUUUUGAUUAAAGGGCAUUGUAAAGCUAGAAAUAUGAAAGAGGCAUGGUUUUUGCAUAAAGAAAUGGUUGAAAAGGGAUUUAGUCUAACUGCUGCUUCCUAUAAUGCUCUUAUAAAGGGUUUCUGUAAGAGGAAGAAAUUUGUGGAGGCUAAGAAGCUAUUUGAGGAGAUGAGAACUCAAGGCUUUGUUGCAGACAAAGAGAUAUAUGAUAUUUUUGUUGAUGUAAACUAUGAAGAAGGGAACUGGGAAAAUACUCUUGAGCUUUGUGAUGAAGCAAUAGAGAAAUGUCUUGUUAGGAGAACUUAGUUGACUUUUGCGUAUGCCACUUUAUGAUGGAAUUA